AUGGCGGAGGACAACAACAACAACAACAACAACAUCAAGACAAUCAGAGCAAGAGGUCCGAGACUUUACUCCAUACAUGUCCGCAUGAUGCACCUCCCCUCCGAAAUCGUGCUGGAGAUCCUGGAGAUCCUGGAAUAUGCAGAGCCCCAUAUAGCCCCUUUUCUACGCAUCAACACACAAUGGUUUCGCUGUGGGAUUUCUCUUGUAUGGCAGCGUGUGACAUCGCCGCCCUUCCUCAGGGUCCCAAAGCAUCGAAGGCAGAUUUACGCCUCUGAGAUUCGACACUUUAGUACACAACACUUCGAAGAAUUUGGUCAUCUUUCCUGGCCUAAGCUGGAAUCGCUGUGCCUCAACUUUCUCCGGCGUGAUAAGCUGGCACUAGCAGAUAUUGUUUCAUCGCUGGAAUGCUACCCAGGUGACAGGCUUAGGCAUCUCGACCUGAAGGGCCCAUUUGACCCCGAAUUACUUAGCUUUUUUACUACCUCCUGCCCUCGAUUGCACAGCUUCUCCUUUAGCUUCCCGGGCCCUGAUCUUACGCCAGAAGCUUUCCUCGCAUUUCUUCAAGGAACCCCAUCGGUAUCGGAGAUAUUUAUUUGGUCUAUCGGAUCACCAUUGGUGACCAGUCAAACUCUCAAUCAUCUAGCGGGUCGCAAAAAUCUACAAUUCCUUUCUCUCGAUGACGAUAUUGGAAUAAAUACCAUCAGCGCCAUCAACGAACCAUGUCCUUUUCCGCAUUUGCAAACCCUCAUUGUGUCAGUCACAGAAGCCGCGCUUUCAUCACUGGUUGGCAUGCUCAGAUCUGUCCGAAAGUUAAGCCUAACUCUAGUGAAACCGGACGAUGAUGAACAGAACCUGUAUUUUGAUAGUAUUGCUCUGAGGCAUAUCUCCAACUUGGUCGAAUUACAGGACCUGAAACUCUUCAUCAUGGGUGAAAUGAGGAUCAGGAAUGAGGAUCUGUUGUCUCUCAAAAGCCUGACGCAGUUGAAAUGUCUGACAAUCGAAGGGCGUGCCGUGCCUUCUCUUACCGCUCCAAGUUUCGAAGACGCCAACUUUGAAGAGCUGUUCACAAACUUUCCUCGACUGGAAGAUCUCAAUCUCAGACUAUUUUACUCUGCAUUAUCUACUGAUUCGUUGAAGAGUUUGGGCAGAUGUUGCCCGUCACUGCGACUGUGUAACACAAUGGAUGUCUGUGAUCUGGCGGCUUUCAGAUAUGAAAAGACACCCUUGUUCUUGAACCUCGAGCUCCUCUAUAUCGACUCUUUCACUAACCUCGAACGAAUGUUCUCAUGGAGGUAA